AUGCGUUGGUCUAGGUCUGCACCAGGACCAAGUGGAACAUCCUACAAGGUGUAUAAAUACUGCCCCAAGCUGCUACAGCGGCUGUGGAGGAUCUUAAAGGUUAUAUGGAGGAAAGGGAAAACUUUAAAACAGUGGCAGUUUGCAGAGGGAGUAUGGAUCCCAAAAGAGGAAGACUCUAAGACCAUCAGCCAGUUCAGAAUCAUCUCGCUUCUUAGUGUUGAAGGAAAGAUCUUCUUCAGCAUAGUUGCAAAGCGUUUGGCAGAGUUCUUCCUCAAAAAUGGAUAUAUAGACACCUCUGUGCAGAAAGGUGGCAUACCAGGUGUUCCAGGCUGCUUAGAGCACACAGGCAUGGUUACACAGCUCCUCAGAGAAGCAAAGGAGAACAGGGGCGAUCUGGUGGGGCUGUGGUUAGACCUGGCCAAUGCCUAUGGCUCCAUGCCCCACAAACUGGUACAGGAGGCUCUGGAGAAGCACCAUGUUCCUGUCAUAGUGAGAAACCUUAUUCAGGAUUACAGUGAUUUUAAGCUGAGAGUUUCAUCUGGAUCAACAACAUCAGAGUGGCAUAGGCUAGAAGUGGGAAUCAUCACAGGCUGCACCAUCUCGGUGAUCCUGUUCGCUCUGGCAAUGAAUAUGUUGGUGAAAUCGGCUGAACCGGAGUGUAGAGGACCCAAAUCCAAAACUGGAACACGGCAACCACCAAUUCGUGCCUUUAUGGAUGACCUUACAGUUACAACGGAGUCAGUGCCUGGAGCCAGAUGGAUCCUUAAGGGGCUGGAGAGGCUGAUUGAAUGGGCCAGGAUGUCAUUCAAGCCAGCUAAAUCAAGAUCCUUAGUGCUGAAGAAGGGCAGGGUGGUGGAGAAGUUUCAUUUUACCAUAUCGGGAACUCAAAUCCCAACCCUGUUUGAAAAACCAGUUAAAAGCCUGGGAAAGACUUUCGACAGUAGCCUCAGGGAUACAACAUCCAUCAGAAACACCUGUGAGGAGUUGAGAGGUAUGAAGAGCGUGGACAAAACUGGGCUCCCUGGAAAGUUUAAGGCAUGGGUAUACCAACAUGGGAUUCUACCAAGGAUACUGUGGCCUCUCCUCCUGUAUGAGUUUCCGAUUACCACCAUCUCAGAACUGGAAAGGAGAGUCAGCCGCUUCCUAAGAAGAUGGCUGGGACUCCCGAGGAGCUUAAGUAGCAUCGCCCUUUACACCUGCAAGCUGCAGCUCCCUCUAAAAUUCAUCAAAGAGGAGUUCAAGGUCUUGCGCGCAAGAGAGGUGCUGCAGUACCGCGAGUCUAGGGACCCUAAAGUCUCUGGGGCAGGUGUAGUGUUCAAGACUGGCAGGAAAUGGAGGGCAGAGGCAGCAGUAGACCAGGCAGAGUCACGGCUGCGCCAUGGUGUUCUGGUGGGAGCAGUGGCCAGAGGAAGGGCUGGACUAGGAACCUUUCAAGUGCCCCGGUUCGACAAGGCUCGGGGAAAGGAGCGGAGACAGCUAGUUCAAGGUGAGGUGAGGGCUGCGGUGGAGGAGGAAAGGUCCAGCAAAGCUGUGGGAAUGGCACGUCAGGGUGCCUGGACUAGAUGGGAACAAGCUGUGGAGAGAAAGAUCACUUGGACUGAACUUUGGCGGUCAGAGCCACACCGCAUCAAGUUCCUGGUGCAGGCAGUCUACGACGUCCUCCCCAGCCCAUCAAAUCUGUACACCUGGGGUCUAAUCGAUACACCAGGAUGUGUCUUGUGCCAAAGAAAGGGAACUCUUGAGCAUAUCUUGAGUUGCUGCCCAAGAGCUUUGGGGGAAGGCCUGUACCGCUGGAGGCAUGACCAGGUGCUCAAAACAAUUGCAGAGAGCAUCCAGGCUACUAUUAACAACUGCGGGAAGUCAAAGCACUCCAAGCUAACCAUCAGCUUCAUCAGGGCUGGAGAGAAACCAGAAAGAUCUGCCAGGGUAACAUCAGGGCUUCUGAACACUGCACAGGACUGGCAGAUGAAAGUGGACUUGUGCAAACAACUUAAGUUCCCCCAGCAUGUCGUCAAUACCUCCUUGAGACCUGGCAUUGUCUUGGUAUCUGAGGCAACAAAGAACCUGGUCAUGUUGGAGCUCACUGUGCCAUGGGAAGAUCGAAUGGAGGAAGCUUUUGAGCGAAAGAGGGCAAAAUAUGAAUGCCUCGUAAACGACUGUCAUAACCAGGGCUGGAAGGCAAGGUGCUUACCCGUGGAGGUGGGGUGCAGAGGCUUUGUAGGGCAGUCCCUCUACAGGGCCUACACCGCACUCGGCAUCACGGGUGAGAGAAGAAGAAGGGCUAUCUGCAAUAGUACAGAGGCUGCAGAGAAGGCUUCGAGGUGGCUUGAUCAACCUCAGCUGGGUCACCUGAAGGAGGGUAUGGACAGAAGAACUCCUUACCAGCGGGGCCCACUGAGGCUGAAGUGUGUGGCAGCCAAGUCAAGACGUGUGUCCACCAACUACACAUUUGGGGACACAGUGGGGGCCGAAUGGUCUACCUCUGAAAUGCGGGCAUUGUCGGAUGCAAACUGGUAUAUGUCCUUUCACUUAAGGAGGACAAUGCCAAGCCAGACCUGGUGGCCAAAGCUGAAGCCCUCCUGUGUGAAGCCCUCCCCUUAUGUGGAAGAAUAUGAGGCACUGAGGGAUGCCCAAGGCUACAUAACAAUUAAAGUUCAGAUUGUCUCAAUUGCUGAUGUUAGACAAGUACUGAUGGGCACACCAAUCCCGAUAAGAGACAUAGAGGCCUCUAUGGCUGGCCACACUUUUGCUGUGACCCUGUGGCGGGAGGCCUCCCUUUUGGAAAUUCCUGUCAGUGACUGGGUCACCUUUACCCACUUGAGAGCCAGUAUUAACCGAUCGUUUGGCUUCAAGUUGAACACAUCAACUUACACAGAGGUCCAUGAUUGCAAGUGCCCAGGGUCAGGUGAGGGUGUCAGUGGCAAUCCCACUGCUGCAACUUGGCCAUGGUUUGUCCUCAUGGAUGAGGUGCUAGGACAAAGGCAUUCUACAACCCCUCCUGUCCUAGUUGCCUCCAUUCCUGAGGACACACCAGGGCCAAGUUCAGCAGUAAAUCAGGAGGAGCGACCACCAGGAGGGCAAGUGAGAAAGCGAGACAGAGAGGAUCCACUUUACGAUUUAAUAAAGGAAGACAUGAGAAUGCAGAGAGAGGCUGAGGAAAGGAGAGCACAGGAGAGCAGGGAAAGGAUGGACAGAUUGUUUUCACUGUUGGAAAAACUAGUUGAAAAUAAAUAA